AUGGUUACACUUGACUCCAUGCCUGCCAGCGACCAUGGCGGGCGAGGCCACACCUCUGCUCUCGCAUCGCCUCUCCCUAGCAAGACACCUCCGCCGGCCAUGAUCCCGGAGGCGCGAGGCGCAUCGUCACACAGCUCUGACGCCCGCCCAACACCCACCUCGAAUCCUGAGCAGUCUGAUGAUGUCCCCACCAUCCUAUCGACGUCCGCCAACCGCUUCUUUCGCAACAACCCCCCGAGUUUCGCUACCGGCGACCAGCGAUCACAAAAUUCCAGCCCCUUUCGUCUCUCGAUGCCCUAUGUCACGCCGGGCCAGCUCGCCUUCUCCGCCAUGCAGUAUCUCCCCGUCCCGUUGCUGGUCCUCAACAAUCUCAAAACCGUCGUCCUCGCCAACGAAGCCAUGGGUCGCAUGCUGGGCUUAGAAACAGAUACUGCCGACGAUUCAUUUCAUGCGCUCGAGAAGCUGCGGGGUCAGUCACUGUCUCAAGUUGGAAUUGACAUGCUGCAAGAUGGCCGACCGGUGUGGGUGGUGUGGGAAUCGUUCCUUGACUCCUUGGUGCUGGAGAUGGGCUCGCGACACACGUCCAAAGACGCAGCUGCGGCUGCCGACUUGAUGGACGGGGAAUCCACACCGACUACCGAUGCCAGGCCAUCACCUACGACAGGACACCGCAGAGAUCCCUCAGCCAGUCCCGUCAAAGAUGCUGCGGUAGAUGUCGUCAUAACGAAAAAGGAUAUUGGAAGGCCAGGAUUUAAGCCCCGGGGCUCGACGCAAAAGUCCGACUAUGAGGUGUACGCGAAGAUGAUUGUUACCAUUUGGGAAAUCGAAGACAACCAAGUCUACUUCACCCUCUCUUUUACCAGCACACAAUCACCGCCUGCCCCCUUACCCUUGAGCAAGGCGGUGGCCAAGUCUAAUCUCUUGGAUGCUGCUGAGCGCAAGACCAUAUCCAACUCCAACCCUCCAUCCGUCAGCUCCAGCCACGACUCCAGCUCACCGUCUUUCCGGAUCAGCCCGAGUGCAGUCUCCUUAUCAUCGAAUACAUUUCCUCCCAUGGGCCCACCCUCCAAUGCGGCGUAUGCAAGCGCGCCCUCCAUCCUUCAAAAGAUGAUCUUGAUGAAGGACGCACUCCUGGACAAUACGCAGAUGCCUAUACUAGCCAUGUGGAAGGAUGGCAGUGUUUCUUUCCCUAACCGAGCUGCCCGUGACCUCCUACGCGAAGACGGCGACCUGGAAAAGUCCGUGGACGGAUUUGAUCUCCUGCCCGGAUGGACGUGCUGGGAUGAGACGUUCUCGCGAGAGUUGGAUAUAAGCGAGUACCCGAUCUCCGUACUCCUCCAGACCGAAACACCCUUCGCGAGCAUGCGCGUCGGUAUGCACAACAAGGCUGGCGAAAAGCUGCAGUUUGACGUUCUGGGUGAAGCUAUAACCGAUGAUAUCACGGGCGAAUUCCUGGCUGGCGUGGUCACGUUUCGCGAUGUGACGUCAAUGGCUCAGGAGAUCACAGACAUCAAGGAACGAGAGGAAGAGCGGUUUAAGCUCAUCUGCGACACGAUGCCUCAGUUGGUCUGGACUGCGACAGCUGAGGGCAUGCCAGACUUUUUCAACACGAGGUGGUACACCUAUACAGGCCUGACGCCUGAAACAUCGCUAGGAGCCGCAUGGCAGACCCCGUUCCAUCCGGACGAUCUUAUGGAGACGACCGCGCGGUGGAAGCGCUCCAUAGCGACCGGCGAACCCUACGUCACACAGUACCGAUGCCGCAGCAAGGAUGGCGAUUGGAGAUGGAUGCUGGGCCGUGCGCUUCCCCAGAAGAAUCGGGAGACGGGGGCGAUUGAGAAAUGGUUCGGCACGUGUACUGAUGUUCACGAAAGCAUCGAGGCCACACUGGCUGCGAAACGAACCAGGCAACAGCUCCUGAGCGUCCUCGCCCAUGCGCACGUUACAAUAUUCACGGUGGACCGUGAUCACAAGCUCACAAUGCUGGAGGGCGCGCUCAUCUGGGAUCUGAACGACGGGGAUCCUACCCGUGAUUCCAGCUGGUACAUUGGCGAAGACAUGUACGAUGUCUUCAACCGUUUGAACACACAACUGGCACCUGGCGAAGAACCAAAGUUCCUGCGGCCCAUCGAGGGAAUUCUGGAUGGGAAGCAGCGAGAAUUGGUCGAGGAGCACGGCAUUGAUGGACGUUGGUACCGCACACGUUUCCUCCCAGUGCCCGGAAAACGAACCAAUGGAGCCAACGGAUCACUGGAGGCCUGUGUGGAAGGUGCCAUCGGCGUUGUGAUGGAUGUGACCGAGCUUAAAGAGAAGCAAACCAAUCUCGAAGAGGAGUUCAAGGAGAAGAAACAGGCUAUGGCGAAUGCAGCAGCGGCUAAAGAGGCCAACCGCCUCAAGAGCCAGUUCCUGGCGAAUAUGUCCCAUGAGAUUCGAACGCCCAUUACGGGAGUCAUUGGUAUGGCCGAAUUGCUGCAAGAUAUGAAGCUCGACUCCGAACAACGUGAAUAUGUCGAAAACAUCCAACGGUCUGCAAACGCCCUCUUGACGGUGAUCAAUGAUAUUCUCGACUUUUCCAAAGUGGAAUCGGGCCGCCUAGACAUUGAGGAAGUCCAAUUCUCGCUCUCUGUAGUGCUCAAGGAUGUCAGCAAGAUGCUCAGCUUCGCAGCCGAGCGUAAGGACCUGGCAUUCCUCUCUGAUGUAUCGAGAGAAAUUACCAAUGACAUGGUCGUGAUCGGAGACCCUGGACGAGUGCGGCAAAUCGUGACGAACCUCUUGACGAACAGUAUCAAGUUCACGAACCAGGGCCACGUCAAGUUCAGCGUCAAGAAGGAGAAGGAGACGCACGACUCGGUCAUCAUUCGAUUCACGAUCGAGGAUACUGGUAUCGGCAUCGAGGAGGAGGUUCGCAAGAAGCUGUUCCAGCCCUUCAGCCAGGGUGAUGCGUCGACUGCCAGAAGGUUCGGCGGCACCGGUCUCGGCCUGACCAUUUGCAAGAACCUGUUGGAGCUCAUGCGCGGCAAGAUCACGCUCGAGUCGGACCUGGGCAACGGAACCACGGCCACGUUCUGGAUCCCGUUCAGCAAGCCUCAAGGACCACAGAGAGGAGGCGCCCUUGUCGAGAUUGAUGGCCUCCCGAGCAGAUUACAGUCAGAGAUGAGCAUGUCAUGCAACAGCUCGGACUACGAGCAGCUUGUCGGCCAAGAGGAGGAUCUUCCAGCCUCAGAGCGCUCCAAAAUCCAUGUGCUCGUUGUUGAGGAUAACGCAAUCAACCAGCAAAUCGCGACUAAGACAAUCAUGAAACUAGGUUUCAGCGUGGUUGCUGUGUGGAACGGCAAAGAAGCUCUGGACUAUCUCGUUGCGGCCCAGCAGGGCAAGAAGACAAAACCCGACAUCAUACUUAUGGAUGUCCAAAUGCCCGUGAUUGACGGCUACAAAUGCACGCAUCUGCUUCGAAGGCACGCCCCGUACAAGACUUUCGUCAGCGACAUCCCCAUCGUAGCCAUGACGGCAUCGGCGAUUCAGGGCGACAGAGAGAAAUGUAGAAAGGCUGGCAUGGACGACUACCUUGCGAAGCCAGUCAAGGGAAAGACGCUGGAGCGAAAGCUUGUGCGGUGGAGUCUCACCAAGAGGAAGAGUCCACGGCUGCGGGGAGAGAUUGCUCUAUCAACCUCGGACUGUUCUGACACUGCGGAGCACUGCAGUAACGCGGACAUACCAUGCGUCGGCCUGGACGAUGGCCCCAGGGGAGAUAAAGACGCUCCCGGCCAGACACACGACGCAGCGAGCACCGCAGGCCAGGCCAGUCAUGUCGCCGAUGCCGGCGUGGUGGAUAGCAAAGUGCGGGCGCUCGAGGAAGAGGGCCGUCAAAGUCCACUGACGCCAAAACCCAUGUCCCACAACGGCCACGAGCCUUCACCUUUCGAUUCGCCGGCGGCCUACGAGAACAUCAAACCGAUCCGACAUUCGGACACAGAGGAGAUGGUGCUGCAAGCACAGGCCGGGAAAAUGAUGGAGGCGGCCGGGGGCAGGGAGCAACCGCCUCUGAGAUCGUCCUCGUUCCGAGCCCCUGAGGCCAGGGACUCGCUGACGGAAGAGAACGUGGGACGCCUCCAGGAGGAGGGUGGUCAUCGGCGUUCUUAA